AUGGGCCUCACUACUCGUACAGUAGUCGAGCCAGUCACUGCGAAUACAGCAAAUAUAAUUGUCCACUCUUUCCACCAAAGCCAGCUCCACCUUCUUAACGUUCCCUCCGCGCUAUCAGCUGCGUCAAAACGGAGUUACGAUAUCAAACGCCCACCCUCACCUUCCUCUGACGUUAACCGAACACAGGCCCGUAGAAUAAAGUAUGUAGAUGCGUAUGAGGGUCAAAUCGGGUCACCAUCAGCCGUAGGAGAGCCAUCGGUCUUCUUCAAGAAGCAAACACAUUCCAAGGGGAGGAAUUUUAUCCUCUGCGGUCGACCUGCUGAAGCUGCUCCCAUGCCAGUAUCUUUAUUAAACCCUAUAUUUGGCCAAUUCCUAAUCGAUACUCGGAGCUAUCAGCCCAUAGCAGAUGACAUUAGACUUGUAGAUGAGUUACUAGAUUUGAUGUCACGGAGGCAUGAUAACGAGACAUCGUGA